GCGACGUGUGCAAUGUUGAGACAGGACCGAAGGUUAUACAUACCUCGAAUAAAUUACUUAAAAGUUCUUUAUCUUAUUAUGAGUACAUUCUAUUAUCUAAGUGGACAGCUUUCGCUAUGGCACCUAUCAGAAUUAAACAUGUUGUCUCAUUUACGUCCCAGGAUCUAAAGAGCUGUGUGGCCAAUCUGUGCGACACCACUGUAGACAGCAGACCGUGGCUGUGUAGUCCAUUAGACCGCAGCGGGGUCCUUAAAGUAGACCUUCAGCUGGAACGAGCUUCUACCAUCGGAUACAUUGACGUUGGCAACUUUGGUUCUGCAUUCAUUCAAAUAGACGUGGGCCGCUCUUCAUGGCCAUUAGACCAUCCUUAUGUCACACUGCUGCCCAAUGCGACCCUGAUGAGUCCCUCAGAUGCACGAUGUGGCACAGGAAAGCAGGGUGUUCGAAUGUUCAAGAAAGCUGACUUCUUGCCUAAUGGUGCAGAAGAGAGCUGGGACAGGCUACGGGUCACCUGUAGUCAGCCCUUCAACAAGCGCUGUCAGUUUGGCCUGUCCUUCCUGCGCCUUCGUACUGCUGAGCAGUACAGUGAUGAGGCUUCUGGCCCUCUGGAGGGCAUGGCUGCUGAAAUCCAGAGCAUACCACAUAAGAUGCAGUCUGUAAGGGAGUGGCUUUCCAGCCCUGCUGUACAACACACCUUUGGUUCAGAGCUGAGAGGUGACUCCCCAAGAGAGACCCAGAGGAAUCAUGGGGGUCUGAGCAGGGCAGAGCGCAUGCUAAAAGCCACCCAGUCUAUCACAAGAGCCCCCCCUGAUGCCUUAACCAGCCAUCCUUUUAAAGAUGAAACCAAGUCCCAGAACACACAAUUUGUGGCACCUUCAACUGGAAGUAAAACCAGCACAACUCAGGCGCAUAGGAGAAGAUCAUUAAAAAGGCAAAAUCAAGCAAUCAUGGUUUCUACUCCAAAGAGGACCAGAUCUUCAGUCAGUGAGAACGCUGCACAUAAAACCAUCUUAACUGGUACACCAACCAGACCUGGAACCAGGAACAAGAUUAAGUCAUUUAAAUACAGCCCUAUCAAAACUAGUAUACCAGCUACGUCACCUGCACAGAACAGUCCUGAGUCUCCUGAGACCAUAUGUCCGUUAUGCGGAGUGUCUUUCAGCCAAGACUACUUGCCCCUCCAUGCUGCUUCUUGUCAGGAUCCUAGUCCAGUUGGGUUUUUGGAUGCUACAGAGACAGAGAUCAUGACCUCUCUGACUACUUCCCCAACUCUUAACAUCAACAGAGAUGAGCUCACAGUGCCGUGUCCUGUGUGCUCCUUCCGAUUCCCUACAUUCUGCAUUCUGGAGCAUGCCAGCACUUGUGGUGACACUGUAUGGGUGGACUUUUAUUUAUUUUUCCUGUAUUUUGACAUGAUGGAAAACCUCACGGCGGACCAAUGGCGAGAGAUUGUGAACAAAAAAAUGCACUUCCCACCAGAGCUCAUCAAUGCCAUCCACAAGGGGAACAUGUCCAAUGUCCGUAGCCUGCUGAAGACGGGUGAUGGUAUCAUCCGUCAGCUGGACGAGUCAGAAGACAGGCAGUGGAGAGAAGCACUGAACCUCUCUAUCAGACUGGGCAAUGAGGACACAAUGGACACUCUGCUUCAGGGAGUCAAGUUUGAUUUCCGACAGAUCCACGAGGCUCUGCUUGUGGCAGUGGACACCAAUCAACCAUUCAUCGUGAAGCGCCUCCUCGACCGACUGGAUCAAGAGAAAGGAAACAAAAUGGAUGUGCGUUCCUUCUCUCAGGCUAUUUUUGACCAUUCCAUUGAUGACUCUCAGUUUGCACCCGGGGUCACACCACUGACGCUGGCUUGCCAGAAAGACCUGUAUGACAUAGUCAACAUGCUCACGCAGAAGGGCCAUGUCAUCCCUUGGCCACACAAGGUCUCAUGUGCGUGCCUGGAGUGCCGGAAUGGCCGCCAGUAUGACCUGCUGAAGUUCUCACUGUCACGCAUUAACACCUACCGUGGCUUGGCUAGCCGGGCCUACCUGUCCAUCACCUCUGAGGAUGCCAUGCUUGGUGCCUUUCAUCUAAGCCGAGACCUUCGCAGACUCUCCAAGAAGGAGCCUGAGUUCAAGCCCCAGUACCUUGCCCUUGAGGAGCUGUGUCAGGAGUUUGCUGUGGAAUUGCUUGGAAUGUGCCGAAAUCAAAGUGAGGUCACCACCAUUCUGAAUAACUGUGGGUUUGAGGAUGACAGCAGUGAAGAUGAGUUUGACAAACAGACAUUUGAGGAAGGCAUACCGAACUUGAGUCGCUUACGACUCGCUGUCAACUACAACCAGAAGCAGUUUGUAGCCCACCCAAUCUGCCAGCAGGUGCUUUCCUCUAUCUGGUGUGGAAAUUUGUCAGGCUGGAGAGGGAGCACACUGGCUUGGAAACUCUUGGUAUCUGUGGGGAUUUUCCUCACCAUGCCCUUCCUCUGCCUCAUCUACUGGAUUGCCCCAAAAUCAAAGGUGGGGAAAACUUUGAAAAUUCCAGUGAUCAAAUUUCUCCUGCACUCUGCCUCCUAUUUGUGGUUUCUCAUCAUUUUGUUAGGGGAGUCCAUUACCAUGGAGAUGUAUCGGGAUUCAUUUGCAUCCAGGCAACAGAACAUCUUACACAACUCUUUCCACAUGGUGUGGGUGGCUGGGUUCUUUUGGUUUGAGUGUAAGGAGGUCUGGAUUGAGGGUGUGCGAAGCUACUUCCUGGACCUGUGGAACUGUCUGGAUAUUAUGAUGCUCAGCAUGUAUUUGGCCUCUUUCACCCUGCGUGUGGUUAUCAUGCUGAAAGGCUAUUUCCUGUGCCAGUCACCUGAAAGUCAAGCAGAGUGCAUCUACUUUACCCAGACAAUGCGUGGGGACUGGCAACAGGAGGACCCUCAGCUGAUAGCUGAAGUGCUCUUUGCCGUGACCAGCAUGCUGAGUUUCACACGCCUUGCCUACAUCCUACCUGCACAAGAGUCUUUGGGAACCCUGCAGAUCUCCAUCGGGAAGAUGAUUGACGACAUGAUAAGGUUCUUGUUUAUCUUGAUGAUUAUUGGCACAGCCUUUCUAUGUGGCAUUAAUAAUAUCUACGUUCCUUAUGUCAUCUCUCCUUAUCUUGGAAGGUUUAAUGAGACUUUCCAAUUUCUGUUCUGGACCAUGUUUGGCGUGGUCAACAAGGAAUAUGUGGAUAUACCCGACUAUGUUGUGGCUCAGUUUGUGGGCAGAAUCUUAUAUGGGAUCUUUACCCUUCUCAUUGUCAUUGUGCUGCUCAACAUGCUCAUUGCCAUGAUCACAAACUCUUUUCAGAAGAUUGAGGACGAUGCUGAUGUUGAGUGGAAAUUCGCACGCUCCAAGCUUUAUUUAAGCUACUUCAGAGAGGGACUCACUAUGCCUGUCCCUUUCAACAUCAUUCCAUCACCAAAGGCUGUUUUUUACAUCAUCCGAGCAAUUUUCAGAAGAAUCUGCUGCUGUUGCAAUUUUAGUUCAACUCCAGAGUAUCCGCCCAUUGUCACUAUGUCAAAUGAAAUAAAUAACGGUGGCACAGAUGAGAAGGUGUCAUACAAACAGCAAGUCAUCCGGGCUCUGGUACAACGCUAUAUUGAGUCUGCCAGGAGAGAGUUUGAAGAGACAAAACGCAAAGAUGUUGGAAAUCGAAUAACAGAGCUAAGUAAAGUGGUUGGCCGCCUUCACACUGAAAUGAAGAACAUGCACCAGACAAUGUUAGACAUAGAAGAGGCCCGAGUGGAUCCGUCAGGCAAAAGUGCCUCCUCUAUCCUUGGAAAGUACAUUAGGGGUGCCAAAAACAACUUCAUAGGCUUUAACAGUAGUAUCUCAACAGAGAGUAGAACAGGCCCUUUGCUAGUCAAUGUACACCAUCGAGAACCUGAUUCCAACACUGAUAUGGUUGAGGAGAAAGAUGCAGGGGAUGUGUGUAAUGGAAAGACAGAUCAGGGUUUGGAAGUGGAAGGAGAUGGUGAGGAUGAGGCAAUGGUUGAGGAAGGAGGAUCCUCAGAGAUCAUGGAUGAGGAGGGAGUCAUUGAUGGAAAGACUGAGGUUACCAUGAGCUGUGGACAGGGAGAAAUCACCAGUGAUGACCAUUCAGCAGUAGAUAUGAAGAACACUGAGCAAGAUACAGAUAGGGAUGCAGGUGAUUGUGAGAAGGAUGAUGAGACAAAGAAGAUGGAGGAGGGGAGAGCUACUGAAGGUAAGUCUGAGGAGUUUAGCACACCUGGAGUGAAUGUAGUAACUGAGGGGAGAACUGGGAUUGUAAGUUUUAUGGCUAAACGAAUAGAGGAAAGAAAUGAAAACGAGACUUCAAAUUUUAAAGGCAAGAAGGUAGUUUCUCCCACUAGUAGCAAUGGCUCUCAUGAUACUGGUUUUGGCUCUCAAGAACUAGACCUCUGCCAACAACCCUGAAUGACAGAUUAGGCUUUCUAGAUUUAUUAUAAACAUAGCUGCUAUAAAAUAAAUUUACACCUACCAUGAAUGAUUUCUGUAAUGUAUUGUAAAAUGUGGUAUAUUUGCUUUCAUAAGAAUAGGUCCUGUAGCCCAGCCUCCACCUUUACAAUAAAUUAAACAACUAAAUGUGUCAUCCUUUAUGCACCAUAGGCUAAAAUUAACAUGCUCAAUACAAGUCCCGUUAAUGUAAAAAUAUAAGAUGACUGUACUUGUAUGACAUACAUUUGGUCUAGGUUAAUAAACAUCUUAAUGCUUAGUAUAAAAUCUUCCAUUGUUUAUUAUUAGUGCAAUUACUGAGUAAACUAAAAGCAGUUACAAGCUGAGUGAGAGCAGUAAUUGUCCCUGUGGCCCAUGUGCAUGUUACAGCUUGCUCAACACCUGCUGUUUGUGACACAGCUGGCCAGCCCAACAAGGAUCCCUCUAUGAUUAAUUAAAUGUGUCGGGGGGGGGGGGGGG